AUGGUGGCUAAUAUUUCCUCACGAUGCUUUUGGUCCGGAAGUCGUCUUGCGUCAGCAACGCAAGUUACUGGCUGCUUCCCAAUUGCCAACCUUUUGCAACGGUCUUAUGUGCCAAGCGCUAGACAUGUUCACAGCACCCUCAAAAAGGAUCACACAACGCUACUUAGCAGCGACAAGCUCUCAAGAUUUAACGUUUUGAGUCUAAAGGCUUUGAAGGGUGAGUGUAGGACGCGGGGACUGAAGCUUUCUGGACGCAAAAGUGAGCUAGUAGAUCGCAUCCUAGCCUUUGAAAAUACGCGGAUCAGCAUCGGAUCAGCACCUAUUUUGAAUACGCGGCAGUUCCACACCUCUAAACCGCUUGCCGCGAAAGGCGAUUCCAAACCGGUGGACGAUGUUAAGCUACCCGAUGUUGCCGCAACCGAAGACUCUCUAGAAUCCGUGGAUAAAGAAUAUAUCGUUCAUAUCACACCACUUUCGAAAACUGCUGAUGAAAAACCUGUCACAUUGCUAGAGAAGGAACUUCUUGCGGAGGAACGCGAGGAAGAUGAUUUACCCCAGGUCUCAACCACAGACCUCGAUAAGGGGAUAUUUCACGCUGAACUUUCCAAGGAAAACUACGAUAUUGCCAACGAAGACGCUGAAAAUGCCACCGAAACAGAUGCAUACGAACAAAGCGACUCUUUGAUGAGUAAUGAGAGACUGAAUGCUAAGGACAAAACGUUUUUCCUAAGUGCGGCUGCAGUCGUAGCUGGCUGGUGGUCAUUGAAAUUCUGGGACAACAAUGAGGAACUCCAAAAAUAG